AUGGAUCCCAUGGACACAGAGAUCUCGGAGCCGGAAGAGAGUUGGAAGAGUGACCCGAAAGAUGGCCCCGAACCCAUCUGUUUACUCUGUGCGGUUGCAGUCCCCACCGUUGAACAACUCGUAGAAAUCGGCAAAGGGGACCCUGAAACAGCAGUCUACGACGAGGAUCAGUGGCAACACUAUCGAGAUACCCAGCAGGACUACGUGAUGGUUCCAUCUCAGGAGGUAGAAACAGCCUAUUUCUAUCAGCGACCCCGACUAUGGUCAGCGUUUUGUCGAGCAACCAACGGGACACGUUUUUUGGUCCUCACCGAUAUUGAGUACGGAGAAGCGGAUCCGAACUGGGAAGCAGUUCGACGCAUUGCAUACCAGGUCCACGCCCACUGCUGGGCACUGUUCGACCGGGUUGUCGACGGAGGCAUCUCACGAAUCGAGUCCAAUUAUCUCGCCGAAUUGGUCCAGGCAGCACGACGGCUCUGGGAUGACGAUAUCUGCUUGUGGAAUAUCUCCGACUGGUGGGUCUUACUUGGUACAUGCCCGAACUCGCUAUCUUUUAGGGUGUACCCGCAAGAUCUUUACCUGAACCCGCUUGUGCUGCCAGAUACUCGGGAGGCCAUCGACCGGAGUCAGAAAUUGGCAAUCAUCCAGCAAGCAAAAAGAGAACAUCUGGAUUGGCAAACCCUUGGUAUUGACUUGAUAAGCAUAAUUGUCAAUGAGUAUUGGUAUAUUUCUAGUGGUCUCGCAAACCGCGAGAGGAUUCUUGGGUUGAUGAGAAAAAUUAAUUCAAAUCUACUUGAAUAA